AAGCUCUUGGUGCUCUUCGCCUUCUGGUGGGCGGCAACUUUGCCUUAACCGCCCGCCAGACCUCAACCAAUUAAAACCUACCAAAACCUCCAACCACUGCAGCAACUCAAACCACUACUAGCUCGAAUUGACGCCAACUCUUCUCGCAACCAGUGUUUCAUUUCGGCCUACUGCCGAUACAGAUUGCCUUGCUGCAACUCCGGGCACCGUCGCCGACCAUCCCAACUCGCAUGGUUUGCAUGCUUCGUGUCCAGCACCUGCAAUAUUGCUGCGUCUGUCAGCCGUGACUGCUGACCACGACGCCUACCCAAUACGUCGUUGGUCCGUCCAUCAUCCUUCUCAUUCACUGCUCAUGCGAGCUAUAUGUGCUGCCGCCGACCUGUUCUAACUGUCUCAGUGCCGUGUAUGUGUUCAGAUGUAAGAACACAAGACAUGUCCUCUCGUCCCAAAGUCUCCACUCCUCUCACCUCCCUCCGCCGCCUGGCUGAAGGUUACUGGUUGAAACAGUCCUCGAUGUCUCCCUAUGCAGAUUUUGUCACUGCAAUGCUUAUUCGUUCAACUGGCCUGAAUCUUCAAAAAGCAUAUUCUCAAAGAUUGAAAUCACUAGGCCUUGUUGGACUGUUGGAAAAUUCAGAGAUUCUUUCAUCUGGGGAUAUGGCUGCUCUGGUGUACUUAUGGAAUCCUUUUACCAUAGUCAGUUGUGUGGGUUUGUCUACUUCUCCAAUUGAAAAUUUGGUCAUCAUACUGUCACUUUAUGGAGCUUGUACACGACAAAUUCCAUUGGCAGCUUUUGGAUGGGUCAUAGCAACACAUUUGUCCCUUUAUCCUGCUAUUCUGAUUGUACCGGUGAUUCUUUUAUUAGGUUAUGGUCCAGAUGCUCCCCCAAGGAAAUUGUUACUGCAAAGGAAUUCCUGUGAACUGACAGGUCAACAGAAGGAACUGAAAAAUCAACCAGUGCAACUAAUUUGUUUCUCUUGGAAACCAGUUGUGUGUUUCUUCUUGUGGGCAUCCAUGUGGGCAUUCUACGUGUUAGUUCUAUGUGGCAUUUCUGUUAAACAAUAUGGUGGUCUUCGGGAGAUGUUUAAGAGAACUUAUGGGUUUAUUCUCACAGUGGAAGACUUGUGCCCAAAUGCUGACCAAUUCACAGCAGAACCACCAUCCACCAUCGAUCCAGCUAGGAUCAUCAUUUUCCCAUCAAGGGUUGCUAGGAUCCGGAUUUGUGGUGAAGAAUAA